CAACGGCCGGGUGGCAACAAACUGUGUCGCUCUAACCCGCCAGCCGGGACUGGCUACUCCGGGGCCUUCCAUCCUGCCUACUCCCUAAUGAAGGUGUGAGCGGCCGCGUCCCCGACCCAGGGGCAAGGCCCCGGACCCUUCCACGGGCAGCGGAGAGAGACCCUGCCCCGUUCGCAAGGAAGCGACCCUCAAGCAGGGAAGCAGAAGAGAGGUAAUAGAACGUGACUAACUUCUCUUCUGGUACCUUAUUGGGGACCAAUUUCUGCUGCAGAAUAGGGGCUUACCUGAUCAGGAAGAUGUUAAAAACUAUUAUCAACCAUCCCAGUAAUGGAUCUCUGUCAGGAAAGUGAGACUCAUUUAGAAAAUAAUGAAAUUCAAAGCACAGAAGAAACUGAACUAACCUUCACUUGUCCAGAUGGAAAGAGUGAAAAGAAUUAUGUGUGUUCUCUUCUCAACAUCAGUGAUAUUACGCUUGAAGACGAUGAAAGAGCCACCAAGUUGGUUAUGGGCACUGGCUGGGAAGAAGCCGUCAAAGGCUGGGGAAAGGUUUCUCCAACUGCCUGCAUGUGGCCAAGGAAGAAACUAAAAAAGGCGAGGGUAGGAGAAAGUGCCAAUAACAGCUGCUUAUUCUGCAUCAGCCUUGCCCAAGCGAGUCUGGAAGCCAGCCCUCCCACAGAGACUGGGAAAUUGGAAGCAGGGGCUGUGGCUGAGGGGGGUCUUGAGAAGAACAGGAGCAGUACCCUCCAGAGUCAGGGGUCCUAUCAACGUCCUACCACCACGUCCAGGGAGGUUAACAAAAUUUGCUUUCCCUCCUAUGUUCAUGGAGAAAAAAAAAGCCUGCAAAUCAAGGAGUUUAUAUGGUGCGUGGAAGACUGGGCCACCCUCGAGAAUAAUAGUGGCAAGACCACUGGGAAUCUAAGUGGAGGUGCCAACAGAGGGCUUUCCAUCUCUGACUCCUUGACUUCCAAGGCCCUACUAGUUCUGCCUCCCCUAAAACCUUCACCCUCAAGCGGCUUGGAAAUUCUGGGUAAGAAGAGUAAGAGCGUGACUUGGCAGCUGGAAGACAAGGUGCCGAGUGUGGAGAAGGAUGAGUGUGUGGCUUGUGCACAUGAAUUGAAAACAGUGGAUGGGAAAGAUGAGAAAAGACCCCUUGAGGUGGCCAAGCUGAAGGUCCACGACACACCACCUUUCCCUUCCCCAGCGCUGUGGACAUCCCCGCUGGCUGAUAUUGAGCAGUGCUGCCUGCAUUGGCCUUUCCUACCUGAGGAGAGCCCGCUGGGCCCUUCCAACCCCGGCCCAGUUCACUACCUUGCAACCUUACAGCUUUUGCAGAAACAGGAAGUGCAAAGCUACAAAGCCAAAUUCAGAGCCAAGGAGCUGAGACCACCCAGAAACACCCAAAAGCAUGUUCUUCCAGGGGCCAGGCAGGAAAACCGACCCCGAAUGCUGGAGACCGAAAUGUUCCCAAGACACCUCUUGCCGUCCCUCACAGGAUCUCGUGACCAGUUCGGUAGAUGUGAGACUGUAAUGCCGUUCUGCUGGCAUAGGGACAGCCGCAUGUGCACUGGAAGGUCUUGCCACAGUCCUCUGCGUGCCUUUUCAAGUCCCACUCGGUACCAUAGGAAUUGCUGCACUUGCUGCAUUUAUGCUUCUUCUCGGCAUGCAUUUUCAUAAAGUGCUACAGAGAGCAAAGAAGGAAGGAGGGUGAGAAACAGCCACGGCACCAAGUCCUGAGAACAUCAACACACCCAGCUUAACAGUGACUUCACAGGUACAAACAGAACAGUCCACCCUCAAGAAAAGAACAAGGUAACUGCAGUUUAUCACCAGACUCUUCUUAGGGCUUUAGCUUCAUGCACAGAGGAAACUACUUUGGAAUGGAUCCAGGGUACUGGCCUUGAGACUGACCUACAAAGAAGUGCUGCAGGGCAGGGAAAACAAAAGUCUUUAAGAUGCUCUCCUCUGGACAUCCUGCAGCAGUUCCUGAGGAAACAUUCCAGAGCUUUCUUCCAGGCCCAAAUACCUCUUUCCCUAGUGGCUGGGCCCCUCCCUCCUCUUAAGAUAGCUGCUCCUGAAAUUGUUUUAUUCCUGGAUUCUGCAGGUUCUCACUCCCUUGGGAGGACAGUGGCUUUGUGUCUUUGCCCUAAGCCCUUGGAAGCAGAUUCACCUAAGAGAACUAUGAGCACAAAUAUUCUUGCUCUUUUAUGGAGAGGUACUUCUCUUCCUCUCCAACCCACUCCUGGUAAUGUUCCCUCCAAGAUAAGCCUCGUUUCUGUCCACUGGAAUUACACCCACACUUAACCCUUGUACCUACCACUUGGGAGGUACAGGGGCAGCAGCUCUAGCAAGAGCUUAUUCUCAAUUCUCUGGUAAUGUUUGCUAAGUAAUUAGAAUGCAUACUAGGUUUAUACCAUCUGUAUAUCAUCUUCAGAGAAAUAUAUUAAGUGAAAUACCUGUUUUACGAGAGAAAACUGAGAAAAUGGUCUGUCAGGACCUCUAGGGCAUCCUUCAAUUGGACAACAGUAGAAUUUUGGUAUGGUUUUCAAAUCUUUUCUUAUUGUUGGAUUUACUAUGCCAUCCUGCAAAAGGAAAAUUAAAAAAUUAUUUUCAAAACACCCACAACAGAACAGGCUGGUUGUAGAAAUAAGGGAAUAUGUGAAAAUGGGCACAAGCAUUCUUUUUAGGGAGUGGAAAAUGUUUUAAAAUUGGAUUGUGGUGAUGGGUUUACACAUCCAUAAAUCUACUAAAAUAACUGAGUUAUUCAUUUAAAUUAAAUAUAUUUUAUGGCAUGUAAAUUAUUAUUCUCAAUAAAUUGUAAAUUUUUCCCCAACUUUG